CCCGCGCCAAUCCCCGCGCCACCGGAGCAGCCGCCCUCGGACCCACCGCGGCCGCGCGACCAGGGAGCAACUAUGUCACCAUUUCUUCGGAUUGGCUUGUCCAAUUUUGACUGUGGGUCCUGCCAGUCUUGUCAGAGUGAGGCCAUUAACCCUUACUGUGCUGUGCUUGUCAAAGAAUAUGUUGAAUCAGAGAAUGGGCAAAUGUAUAUCCAGAAAAAGCCAACCAUGUACCCACCCUGGGACAGCACUUUCGAUGCCCACAUCAACAAAGGAAGAGUGAUGCAGAUCAUCGUGAAGGGCAAGAAUGUAGACCUCAUAUCAGAAACCACCAUAGAGCUCUACUCGCUGGCCGAGAGAUGCAGAAAGAACAACGGGAGGACUGAAAUAUGGCUGGAACUGAAACCUCAAGGCCGGAUGCUAAUGAAUGCAAGAUACUUCCUGGAAAUGAGUGAUACAAAGGACAUGAGUGAAUUUGAGACUGAAGGCUUCUUUGCUUUGCAUCACCGCCGAGGAGCCAUCAAGCAGGCUAAAGUCCAUCAUGUCAAGUGCCACGAGUUCACUGCCACCUUCUUCCCUCAACCCACGUUUUGCUCUGUCUGCCACGAGUUUGUCUGGGGUCUGAACAAACAGGGCUACCAGUGCCGACAAUGUAAUGCAGCAAUUCACAAGAAGUGUAUCGAUAAAGUUAUAGCCAAAUGCACAGGAUCAGCUAUCAAUAGCAGAGAAACUAUGUUUCACAAGGAGAGAUUCAAAAUUGACAUGCCACACAGAUUUAAAGUCUACAAUUACAAGAGCCCAACGUUCUGUGAGCACUGUGGGACUCUGCUGUGGGGGCUGGCGAGGCAAGGACUCAAGUGUGAUGCAUGUGGCAUGAACGUCCAUCACCGAUGCCAGACAAAAGUGGCCAACCUCUGUGGUAUAAACCAGAAGCUAAUGGCUGAAGCUUUGGCGAUGAUUGAAAGCACCCAACAGGCUCGCUCCUUAAGAGAUUCAGAACACAUCUUCAGAGAAGGUCCAGUUGAAAUUGGUCUCCCAUGCUCCACCAGAAGUGAAACACGGCCGCCACACUUACCGACACCAGGGAAAAGAGAGCCUCAGGGAAUCUCCUGGGAGUCUCCACUGGAUGAGACGGAUAAAAUAUGCCACCGUCCAGAACCAGAAGUGAACAUAGAAAGACCAUCUCUACAUAUGAAACUGAAAAUUGAGGAUUUUAUCUUGCACAAAAUGUUGGGAAAAGGAAGUUUUGGCAAGGUCUUCCUCGCAGAGUUCAAGAAAACCAAUCAGUUUUUUGCAAUAAAAGCUCUAAAGAAAGAUGUGGUCCUGAUGGAUGAUGAUGUUGAGUGUACGAUGGUGGAGAAGCGAGUCCUCUCCUUGGCUUGGGAGCAUCCGUUUCUGACACAUAUGUUUUGCACAUUCCAGACCAAGGAAAAUCUCUUCUUCGUGAUGGAGUAUCUCAAUGGAGGAGACUUAAUGUACCACAUCCAAAGUUGCCACAAGUUUGAUCUCUGCAGAGCAACGUUUUAUGCUGCUGAGAUCAUUCUCGGUCUGCAGUUCCUUCAUUCCAAAGGGAUUGUCUACAGGGACCUGAAGCUAGACAACAUCCUGUUAGACAAAGAUGGACAUAUCAAGAUAGCAGACUUUGGAAUGUGCAAGGAGAACAUGGUGGGAGAUGCAAAGACAAAUACUUUCUGUGGGACUCCUGAUUAUAUAGCUCCAGAGAUCUUGCUAGGUCAGAAAUACAACCAUUCUGUUGAUUGGUGGUCCUUUGGUGUUCUUCUUUAUGAAAUGCUGAUUGGUCAGUCACCUUUCCAUGGGCAAGAUGAAGAAGAGCUGUUCCAUUCCAUCCGUAUGGACAAUCCUUUUUACCCACGAUGGCUUGAGAAGGAAGCUAAGGACCUUUUAGUGAAGCUUUUUGUGCGAGAACCUGAAAAGAGGCUGGGAGUAAGGGGAGACAUCCGCCAGCAUCCUUUGUUUCGGGAGAUCAAUUGGGAAGAACUUGAAAGAAAGGAGAUUGACCCACCUUUCAGACCUAAAGUGAAAUCACCCUAUGACUGCAGCAACUUUGACAAAGAAUUCUUAAAUGAGAAACCCCGGCUGUCUUUUGCUGAUGGAGCAUUGAUCAACAGCAUGGACCAGAACAUGUUCAGGAACUUUUCCUUCAUCAAUCCAGGCAUGGAGAGGCUCAUCUCCUGA